CCUAUUCCUAUUCCUCUAAUGGAAAUGGAGUCCACCACCCAGGAACUGAAACACAGAACCAAAGACCAACCUCCGAUCACAGCUCCAGAUAACGACGUUGUCACCAACACCAAGCCGACUCAGAAGCGGUCGCCGUUGCCGAAACGUGGCAUACAGUCCCUGUGUGCAGGGAUCGCGGUCCCUUUAGCUCUCACCUUAGCCAACAUCGCCUUGUUCGGCUGGAGCCGUAGCUACCAGACCACCCACAAGCCUUUCUGGAUCCCACCCUUGUGGGCUCUACAUUUGACUUGUCUGUCUUCGGCUUUCGUCAUGGCUUUAUCGGCUUGGCUGGUGUGGGCUGAAGGCGGGUUUCAUAAAACGCCAGCCGCAAUGGGGUUGUACUUGGCUCAGCUGGGUCUCAGCCUGGCUUGGGACCCGAUAUUCUUCAAGAUGGGUGCGGCGAAGGUGGGGUUAUUAGUGUGUUUGGCUCAGAUGGGGACUAUGUUGUCCUGCUCUCGGAUGUUCCGCCGGAUAAACGAGACCGCCGGUGACUUGGUCAAGCUAUGUUUCAUUUGGGCCGGCUUUUUAACACUUGUAAACUUGUAUUUUGUAGCUUAAUUAAUGGGAUGUGUGUCAUGUAAAAUGUAUGUAUACGAGUUCAUGUAAACACAAGUCUUUUUUUUUUU